UUGUAAAUGCUCUUACCACACUCAAAUUUCUCACUUUUCGCGUUUGCUCAUUCUCCCUCUUUCACUUUCCCUACAGACACACACCCUUGUUCCAAGGCAAAGCGACGCCGUUUAACACCACUCUACUCUGCACAGGAUGUUGAACUCUCUUGAGGCAGAUUCUAAGGGUGAUGGCUGCCUUUGGGAGUAAGGGGGCUAGAAUUCAUUGAUUGGUGCUGCUGGUAAACACUAUACUUGAGAUUCUGAUGAAAUAUCUGUUUUUAUAAAUACAAGUCCAUGCUCUGGCCUUGCUCACUAGCAUCUAGCAGGUUGUUGAAAAUAUGGCCAAGCAUCAUCCUGAUUUGAUCAUGUGCCGCAAGCAGCCAGGAAUUGCUAUUGGACGAUUAUGCGAGAAAUGUGAUGGCAAGUGUGUGAUAUGCGACUCGUAUGUGCGUCCAUGUACACUUGUAAGGGUCUGUGAUGAGUGCAACUAUGGAUCAUUUCAGGGUCGAUGCGUCAUAUGUGGAGGAGUAGGAAUAUCCGAUGCAUACUACUGCAAGGAAUGCACACAGCAGGAGAAAGACAGGGAUGGUUGCCCCAAAAUUGUCAAUUUAGGGAGUGCCAAAACUGAUUUAUUCUAUGAACGAAAGAAGUAUGGUUUUAAGAAAAGAUGAAGAUGAUGGGUUCAACAUUUAUGUUUCUAUUAAACUUUUUACUCAAUGUAUGCCCUGUUUCUAUUGAACUUUUUACUCAAUGUAUGCCAUGAUUUGAUAUUAACACCAUUUGCAUGUAAACUUUUAUAUCGGAUACAAUCAUUGUAUGUUUUAGUUAUAUCUUGGGUGUUUAAGAUCAUAACAUACAAAUUACGAAA